UAGCAAGUCAUAUUUCAGGAAGAUAUAUAAAUCUUGAAAAGGAAAUCUUGAAAACAGGCUUUUUAUUUGAGAAUUAUGUAAAGCGUCUUCUAUCGUUGUGCGUAGGCGUCUUCUAUCGUUCUGAAAUUUGUUUUUACUAUUCUGUUUUAAGGGAUGUUGUGCAUGACUCUGCUUGGGGGGGUGGAGGAGGAGGGAGUCACAGAGUAGCAUUUAGAGAGCGAAGAGGCACAGGAGGAAGAGAAGAGGGGAAGAGGAAAGACAAAAAGAGACGGAGUAGGAGCGAGGUUUUAAGUUAGGAAAUAACAAUAGCCUAUUUAUAUAUAUUUUUUUACCAUACGUUGCCUAUUAAACGGUACAAAAUAACCAGCAUAUAUCUAUUAUUAUUCCUUUGCAUUUUAAUGUAGCGUGGCAAGUUGUUCACCGUUCAUUCAAAGGAGCAAACUAAAUCUGCAAGCUCAGAAAUACAAACCUUUCCAGCAGUUUUUUCUUUUUUUACUCAAGGCAAAGGAAAGCACGAGGCUGGAAAAUAUUCCCAAACAAGAUAAACACUUGCGGACCACUUUUUAAACGUAUAACUAAAAGGAAAAGCAACGGAAAAAUACAUAUUUCACAAGGUUCAACAUAUUGUUAUUAUCGUUUAACUGGUUUUUGUUUUUUGCGUACUGAACAACCUGAAGCUUAUUAUAGCCUAUAUUCUUUGAGACAAAAUAAAAAUAGCGCAAGAUUUUUGUAUAUUUUUUACAAGAUUCAUAGUAAAAUAUUCACAGCACACAAAUAUUCACAAUUGACAAAUAUCAUGCAAGUUUGUAAGAAGGGGACAAUAGCAGAUCGCAUUGUUACAUUUUAAACCGCUCACUGCAACUAGAAACGGAUAAGAAAUAUUGUGUAGCCUAUAAAUUAACACUCGGUGCUUCCUGAAGAUAUCGGGGGACUAUGGCGGCGGUAACGAGCCCAGAAUCAAGCCCACAACCUCGGGUAUAUUUCCAAACGCCUCCCGGUACCAACGAAACUGAACCCCCAGUACGGAAACAAGGACGAGUGACCGUGAAAUAUGACCGAAAAGAACUGAGAAAGAGACUGAACCUGGAAGAAUGGAUUAUUGAUCAGCUAACGGAUCUAUACGACUGUGAGGAGGAGGCGAUCCCAGAGCUGGAGAUCGAUGUGGAUGAGCUUCUGGACAUGCCCAGCGAUACAGAUCGGGCCUCCAGAGUUAAGGACUUGCUGGUAGACUGCUACAAACCUACUGAUGACUUUGUGGCUGAGCUCCUGGACAAGAUACGAGGCAUGCAGAAACUCAGCACUCCCCAAAAGAAAUAAGAGCUCGCCCCCUUGACCCCCAGCUUCCCACAGUUCUGUGCCCCGGGCAGGCAGCAGGGUGGGCUUGCUCAGCAGCACUUCCCACAAUCCCUCUGUGCUGGGUGGAAGGAAGUGAGGAGCCUUGCCAGUCAGAUUCUUACAGCAGGACAGCAGGGUUGAUUUGCUUCCAGUCUCUUUUUCUUUUGUUUUGCGGGUUUGAAGUGUGUGCAUAUUAUCUUAUCUUACCUAUCUCUAUAUAUCUACAUGCUAUACAUAUGCGUAUGUGUAGUGUGGUACAGCGAUAUUAGGAUGUGUUAUAACGGGAACUGGUUCCUGUCGGAAAUAUGGAUGCAGUACUGUACUGUGUGCAGUCCUUCGUAUUAGACCCAGCUAUGAUGUUCGGUGUGUUAUAGUAGCACUCAUAAGCAGAGGGACGAGAAUGAAGCGGCCUUGUUUUUAUUUAUUUUUUUCUUCUUUUUCGGAUUUCAAGAAGUAAAGGGCUUCCUAGA